AACGAUAGACCCGUCGCACCCGGCUCGGAGCACACAAAGCGAGAGCAGAACGAGAGCAAUAGAGUCUCGCAGAUGGAAGAGUAUCGGAAGAUCUCCACUGUUGGGCGUGGCCAGUUUGGGUCUGUCAUUCUGGCGCGGGAGGUUGCCACGGGCGACAAGGUAGCCAUCAAGGUUGUCAAGACCAAGCGGUAUACAGAGAAGCAGCGGGCAGAUCUCAUUCGCGAGGUGGUGGUCCUCUCGGGUGUCCACCACCCGUUUGUCGUCGCCUACCGGCACUCGUUCUACAAGGCGGCGGCGGUGUACAUUGUGAUGGAGUAUGCCGAGCGUGGGACGCUCAAGGCCAACCUGGCCAAGGACGGACGUAAGCUCAAGCUGUCCGAGCGGCGGAUCAUGCGGUACUUUGUCCAGAUCCUUCUAGCUCUCAUGCACCUGCAUCGCGAGCAGAUCCUCCACCGCGAUCUCAAGACUGAGAACAUCUUUGUCGCCGCUGACGGCUCGAUCAAGCUCGGCGACUUUGGCGUCUCGCGGGUGCUUGGCAACACACUGGCGGCCACGCGCGCCGGCACGCCCCACUAUGUUGCACCCGAGAUUGCCGACGUCUGGUCGCUCGGCGUCGUGCUCUACGAGAUGGUCAUGGGCAAGAUGCCGUUCCGCCCGCGCAAGCCUGGCGCAGGCCUCCCGCAGCUUCUGGACAACAUCUUGCACAAGCAAAUCCGCGUUCCGCGCUCGCGCAACGUCUCGUCGAGCCUGCGCAACCUCGUCUCCGACCUCCUGAGCAAGGACCCUGAUGACCGUCCCUCGCUCCGCUCGGUCUUCAAGCGCUCUAUCGUCCGCCACGCCUUUGACGCCCUCCCCGACCGUGAGGACUUUGACAGCAAGGGCCGGUAUGCGCCCUACGACUCGUCCGAGGAGGAUGAGGGCGAGUCGGCCUCGCGCCGCGGCAAGCGCGACGCAAAAAAGCUGCAGAAGCGCCUCGGCGUCUCCCGCUCCUCACUCCGCCUCCGCAACCUGUCCAAUCUCAUGUAAACGCCACAUCUUCCUCUG